AAGAAUAAUUUGGUCAACAUUCAGAGAACAUCUGGAACAACAACAUUCAGCCAGUGAAGGUAAUCAGCUGAUCAGUUCUUCACAGGAAAAUGGCCGUCAGCUCACCGAGAGACAAGUAUCGGGGCGUCUGGCUGAUCUUCUUCAUGCUCGGUUUGGGAACGUUGCUUCCCUGGAACUUCUUCAUGACUGCAACCAUGUAUUUCACCAGCCGUCUGAAGGACUCCUCAUUGGUCAGUUCUUCAGCCAAUGAGACAAAGGCAGGUGAGCAGCGCAGCGCCUUGGAGGCAAAAUUCAACAAUGUGAUGACGCUGUGCGCCAUGCUGCCACUGCUCAUCUGCACCUGCCUCACUUCCUUCCUACACUCACUGAUCCCCCAGAAGCUGCGUGUGAUGGGCAGUCUGCUCAUCAUUAUGAUCGUCUUCAUGGUCACUGCCGUUCUCGUCAAAGUUCCUCUGGAACCGCUUCCCUUCUUCUCCGUUACCAUGGUGAAGAUCAUCAUCAUCAACUCGUUCGGGGCUGUGCUGCAGGGAAGUCUCUUCGGGAUGGCCGGCUUGCUUCCAGCUUCGUACACGACUCCCAUCAUGAGCGGUCAGGGACUCGCUGGAACGUUUGCAGCCUUCGCCAUGAUCUGCGCCAUCGCAAGCGGUUCAGAGAUGCAGGACGCUGCGUUUGGUUAUUUCAUCACCGCCUGUGUUGUUAUUUUUUUGUCCAUCCUGUCCUACGUCAUGCUUCCUAAACUGGAGUUUUUCCAGUUUUAUCAGGAGAGACAGAAGAAGCAGAGAUCAGAGGAGGAGAACACUUUCAGCCUGACCAACAAAGCAGGAGGAGAUGAAGCCGGCGAGCAGAACGAACAUCAGAACGUCUCCAUGAUAGAAAUCUUUAAGAAGGUCUGGCUGUUGGCUCUCAGCGUCUGCUUCACCUUCACCGUGACCAUCGGCACGUUUCCCGCCAUCACUGCUGACACUAAAUCCACCAUCGCUGCCGGAGGCUCCUGGGACAGGUACUUCGUCCCAGUCAGCUGCUUCCUGCUCUUUAACCUGUGUGACUGGGGGGGGCGGAGCCUGACGGCAGUCUGCACAUGGCCGGGGCAGGACAGCCGGCUGCUGCCGUCGGCCAUCGUGGCUCGCCUCGUCUUCCCGCCGCUCUUCAUGCUCUGUAACGUCCAGCCGCGUCUCAACCUUCCCGUCUUCUUCCAGCACGACGGCGUCUUCAUCGUCCUCAUGGUUCUCUUCGCCUUCAGCAAUGGAUACCUGGCGUCUCUGUGCAUGUGCUUCGGCCCAAAGAAGGUUCUUCCUCAUGAAGCAGAAACAGCCGGAGCCAUCAUGGCCUUCUUCCUGUCGCUGGGGCUGGCACUGGGAGCGGCGCUGUCCUUCCUGCUCAGAGCACUGGUUUAACUGGUUUAACUGGAACAUAACCAUUUACUACUGGUUUAAAUUACUACUACUGGUUUAACU